GAGAAUGUGACGAGGAGUCAGCGGGCCCCCUCCCUCCCACGCUGGCCAUGUUGUGUCAGGUAGUGGCAGUAUUGAGUGCAUUAACCCAGCCCUGCCGCUUCAUUAGCAUCUGCUGCUCGCUACUGCAGGACUACAGGGUGGUGGUGGUUGGGGGGGGGAGAGACACCCAGAGAGACACCCAGAGAGACAGACAGACAGACAGGGGCAGGGGGGGGGAGCAGGCGGGAGAGACACACACACUCACGGCAGAGGGACACACACAGGCGGGAGAGACUCGCACACAAGGGAGGGGGAUGGCCAGCUCUCAUUAGACAGGCGGAGCGGACAUUUUGUGAUACAUUACAGUAUCUGGAUGAGCGGAGAGAGAGGCUGGGGAGCCGCGCGGCACCAACUGGGAAGCGCUCCUGCCGCCCCGUAAAACAUUGUAUCGAGAUCAGGAGGCGGCGCCCGACAUUCAGCCCAGGAUCGAACGUCGGGGAAACAUUGUAUCCAGGAUCGAACGUUGGGGAAACAUUGUAUCAAGGAUCGAACGUUGGGGAAACAUUGUAUCAAGGAUCGAACGUUGGGGAAACAUUGUAUCGGCGGCGCGUUCUAAACUGCUCCUCAGCGAAUCCCGCCGGGGAAUACAGCCAGGGAGCUGCCGCCGCUUCUUCUAGCCUCUACAGCCCCCGGAGGGGCCCCUGCUCCCGCCUGGAUCUUUUCUUUUUUUCUUUUUUUUUUUCUCUCUCCCUGGAGUGGAUAUUUUUUUUCCCUACCGUGCGAAGCCCAGGACUCGUGGAGCCGCCAUUUUUCCCCCCUGUGUGACACAUGAACAUGGCAUUGCCGCAGAGCUCGGGAUAUGAGCGCCCUUCCAGCUUGGAGGACGGAUUUCCACUUCUCUCUGGCCAUUGCUGAUUUUGGACACUAAGGCGAUCAUUUAAAUACUGCUACUAUAGACCAUUUUACCAGUCCAACUUCAAUAUACUUUGGUCAAAAGUUAGUAGAUUGCUGGAUUUAUCAUGGAGCAACGUGAAAACGGAAGCAGCAGCCGACAGCGGUGUUGUGAGACAGACUUCUUGCCGUCUGUUUCUUCUGCAAAAACCUCAACAUCUGGCUGUCCUGGUGGAGAUAACACCUUGAAGCCAGCACCUGGGGCCACUAAGACUGGAAAUGGAGAGUCUGUGGAACCGGAAGAAGAGGAUGAACUAGGAUCUGGAAGAGAUGUGGAUUCUAACUCUAACGCAGACAGUGAGAAAUGGGUGACAGCAGAUGGUUUGGAAGAACAAGAAUUUUCCAUCAAGGAGGCCAAUUUUACUGAAGGAAGUCUAAAACUUAAGAUUCAGACCACCAAGAGGGCAAAGAAGCCUCCAAAAAACCUGGAGAACUAUAUUUGCCCCCCAGAGAUUAAAAUUACUAUAAAGCAAUCUGGAGAGCAGAAACUCUCCAAGUCUGGGAAAAAUAGCAAACUUGCAAAAGAAGAUGAGAGAGCUCAUAUGAAAAAGAAGGUGCACGAGAGGUUUCAGAAACAUUCGGGGCUUCAUUACAACUCCAGCGUUCCUCCAGUCAUCACCAGUAGUACCUUAAAACCAAAGCACCAGCAGAAAAGCAACCAGAAUCAUCAUGACUGGUCACCAAAAUCAGACUCUGGCCCUUCAGCACAGAGUGGAUUUCUGAAUGCAGAAACUGGUAAAAAAGACUCCCCUAAUGUCACCAAGAGUCCAAAGCCAGAAAUAGCUUCUCAGUUUCUCAAGUCUCAAGCUAAGAAAUCCAGCAUGGGGAGUUCAUGGAGUCAAAACUCUGCUUCCAAGGAAGGUACUACUAGUAGUUCAGCUUCAUCGCCAAGUGUUCUGUCCACUUCUAGCAACAGUGAGAGUAAUGAGCUUUCAAAGGUAGAGGACCAAAAGGGUGGCUCAUCUGAAGCACCAGAACAACAGCUUAGUAAUACAAAAAAGAAGUCUGGCAAAAAAGAGUUGAGUCAAACCAUGCAGGUGGCUGAGACAGAGCAUGCAAAAAGAAGCCCAAAAGCACUUGAACCCAAAAGUCAUGAUACUACAGAAAAUAAGAAGGAUAAUGAAAAUUUGCCAGCUGUCCAACAACAGAAAGAGUUGCCUUCUGGACCUAAUAGUGAGAGUGAUUUGAGCCACACGCGCAUCAUGGUUCCCAUGAAAUCUACACCAGUGGAUCCAACAGUUAAUAAACGUAAGAAAAAAACAUCCUUGAAACCAGCUGUGGACAAAAAUGCACUUGACUUGGAGCAGCCUUCAGGGCGGUCAGUAGUUAAUGAAAUCAGCAAUCAGAACACUUCACCAACCCAAACUAAUAAGAAGGAUAACAAAGUAAUCAAGCAAACUAAAGUCAUUGCUCACGAACUGCCAUCAAAGUUACCAGAAGUAAAUGGAAACAUAGGAAAAACAUUUGUAAACAGCAUGACCCGCCUUCAAAAAUCUUCUACUCCACCUGUAUCUAAAGCCAUGUCUGAUAAUGCUCGGUCUAAAGUGUCAGAACUACAACAUCCUAAAUUUACAAAGAAAAGAUGGGCAUGUGGUAAACCUAAGAUGAAGACUCCUCAUGAAAAUUCUUCUUCCAUCUCUGAAAAAAUUGUAGUAGAUCCUCCUUCUGCUUACCCAAUAACCCCUUCAAGCCCUCUUUACACAAAUACAGAUAGCCUUACUGUGAUUACACCAGUAAAGAAGAAAAGGGGUAGACCAAAGAAACAACCGUUGCUUACUGUGGAGACGAUCCAUGAAGGAACAUCGACUAGUCCAGUAAGUCCCAUUAACCGAGAAUUCCCUGGUAUGAAGAAGAGAAAGGGGCGACACAGUCUUGCUGAACUGGUCCAGAUGACUCCUAUGGAAAAAUCCAUUAGUGAGCUAGAAUUUCACAAAAAAGUUGGGAAACUUGGAUUGUUGGAUAAGAAGACAAUAAGGACCAUUAAUAAAAUGAAAACCCUCAAAAGAAAGAAUAUCUUAAGCCAAAUUUUGUCUUGCUCAAGCAGCAUGGCCUUGAAAUCGAAAUCUCAGCCACAGACAAAUGCAAUAACAGCUGUAACCACAACUCUUGAUGCUCGAUUAGGCAAGCAGAUUAAUGUCAGCAAGAGAGGAACCAUCUAUAUAGGCAAGAAAAGGGGAAGGAAGCCAAGAGCAGAGCAAGUUCCCCAACAGAUUGAACGUAGAACAGCCAUUAAACAGACUAGGCCUGUUUCUAGCCAGCCCGAAAACCCAGCAGUGCCUUCCAAUUUGCAGUCAUUUGUGGCAUCCUCACCAGCAGCUAUUCACAGUUUUGCAACUCAGUUUAUAGGUUCUAAUGGAAACCUUAGUCCUGCCAGCACUGAUACAAUAUUUUCAGAUUUAAAAACUAUGCCAAAUCUUCAGCCAAUCAGUGCUCUUCCAACAAAAACACCGAAAGGAAUACACGUAAGUUCCUGGAAGUUGUCUCCGCCAAGAUUAUUGGCUCACUCGCCUUCCCAUCUGUGUGAGAUUAGUUCCUUAAAAGAAGUCACACUAUCGCCAGUAAGUGAGUCUCACAGUGAAGAAACCAUUCCUAGCGACAGUGGAAUUGGUACAGACAACAACAGCACUUCUGAUCAAGCUGAGAAGAGCUCAGAGUCUCGUAGGAGGUACUCCUUUGAUUUUUGUACUCUGGAUAAUCCAGAGGUUACUCCAUCUGAUACCAGCACAAAGAGCAAGCAUGGUCACCGGCAGAAACAUCUCAUUGUUGAUAACUUUCUCGCCCAUGAAAGUGUUAAAAAGCCAAAGCACAAGAGAAAGAGAAAAGGGUUGCCGAACAGGGACAAUCUUCAGUUUCUUGCAGAUCUUGAAGACCUUAUAAACAAGUUUCAAGUCUUUAGAAUUUCUCACAGAAGUUACACGUUUUAUCAUGAAAACCCUUAUCCUAGUAUCUUUAGGAUUAACUUUGAUCACUAUUACCCAGUGCCAUAUAUCCAGUACGACCCAUUGCUCUACCUUCGCCGGAACUCUGACUUGAAAUCAAAGAAAAAGCGUGGUAGACCUGCCAAAACCAAUGACACCAUGACAAAGGUGCCUUUUUUGCAAGGGUUUGGAUACCCUAUUCCCAGUGGAAGUUACUAUGCACCAUAUGGAAUGCCUUACACAUCAAUGCCUAUGAUGAACCUUGGUUAUUAUGGUCAGUAUCCAGCUCCUUUGUAUCUGUCUCACACGCUUGGGGCAACUUCUCCAUUUAUGAGGCCCUCCGUUCCACCACCACAGUUUCAUACAUCCUCUCAUAUGAAGAUGUCUACUGUCACAAAACAUAAAACAAAACAUGGCGUUCACCUGCCGACAUCAGUAGGCAUAGGCUUGGGUGACAUGGCUCCUUCCAAAACUGGAGCCGUUGGACUUUCAAGCAGCCGAAUUCACAAAAGAAAACACAAACAUAAGCACAAGCAUAAGGAUGAUUGUAUCCUUGGAGGACACAGUGAUUUCAGUGGUCUCUUUUCAGGCAAGUCCACAAGCUUUUCAAGCCAUGUGGCAAAUGAGAAGCUCAGUUCCUCUAGCAAGGACCUUUUCACAGUGAACGAAAAAAGCAAACACAAAGAGAGGCCGAAGCACCAGCAUUGUGAAACUGGACAAAGAGGUCCAAAGAGUUCUUUCGAGGUGGACACACUUUCUUCUUUGUCUCUUUCAGAUGGUCAGCACUUUUCUCAGUCUAAAGACAGAAAUGACUUAACUAAUGAGUCUGAUAGCUGUUUGAAACGAUAUUCUCUAAAUGAUGGCAAUGGCAGAUCAGACUCUUCGGACCUGUUUGUGGAAAUGAGCUCAUCCAAUGACAAGAGAGAUGGGGACUUGAAUGGCAAUAAAAGAAGGACAUUUGAAGGUUUUGGGUCCUAUAGAGAGAGAGACAUUCAGUCAUUUCGAAUGAACAGGAAGGACAGAAAUGUUUUUGAUCAUUCGGGAUCAGGUUUAACAAGUGCUCACCAGAAAGCUGAUCAGCUGUCUCAGCAUAAUAAAAAUGAAACUACUUCUUCCAACAAUAUGACCAAAAGGAAGCCAGCAGCAGUGUCUGCAUCCGUGCCUCCAAAUCCUCUCUUAACCUUCUUCUCAUCAUCAAAUGAGACCGCCAACUUCUCACUCCGAAAUCGUUUCAAGAGAAGUGAGAUCGAAGAGAUCCAAGGUGAAGUGAGGAAAAUGUGCAACUACAACAAAAUUCUCUCCACCAAAAAGAAUAUGGAUCAUGUGAACAAAAUUCUAAAGGCCAAGAGGUUACAGAGACAAUCUAAGACGGGCAAUAACUUUGUGAAGAAGAGAAGAGGACGCCCAAGAAAGCAACCAGUCUUGUUUGACGAUGACUUUAGAGACCAAAUGCCUGUUCUGGAGAAAUGUGUGGACCUCCCCAAUAAACGAGGCCAAAAGUUCCAUUCGCAGGAACCAGAGGGGAACAAGCAAGACACAGUCAUGGACACCAUUGAAGCAGUCAUACAUAUGGCAAGAGAAACUCAGAAUUCUCGAGUGCCAAGAAAUGGAAAGAGAAAAUUGAUUGAGGAGGAGGUGAAGACAAAAAGACACAGAAAGAGGAGAGGGGAAUCUGAAAAUAACCCCUGAGAUCACUACAGACUUAUGUACAGUAUAAUCAGGCCAGCUAUUGAUGUAAAGGGUAGAACCCCCUUGAAAAGCUGCAGCAAAUGUUUUGCUUCUUUUUGUUCCUCCCCUUAAUUUAACCUGAAAUUACAAAACAAUUUCUUUGUACUACAGUUAAUGUACAAAUCUCUUGGCACUAGAUUUGUACCUUUAUGCUAUACCAUAUUGAAUUGUAAAAAAAAACUUGUGUUGGGUAGUCAGACUAGGUAAUGUUAUAUUCUCCUCCUUUCGGGUAUCCCAACAGAAGGUUCUCAGAAAUUUCACACACAGUACAAUAGAUUUGUGGUACUAGAACUAGCCAGUAUUCAUAAUGCAAAAUACCAAGAAAAUGCUAAAUUAUAUUUUUCUAAGUCCUGUCAGUUUCCCCAUUUUCUCAUCCCAACACUUUAAUUUAGAAAAUGUGUGCAUUUUUUUUUUUACCUGUUUUCUACCCUAUAUAUCUAAACUUCCCUCCCCUGCCUGAACCCUUUUAUUACUCAAGGGUGGGUUUAAUUAACUCCUUAUAGGCUCAUCAAAAUGCACUGGAGACUGGCUAAGCGCCAUAGGAAAAAUAGUUCUCCUUAAUUUUAGUUUUUUUUUUUACCUUUAAACCUGGAGAUAGUUUAACAAAUGUACAAUCUAUUCAAUAACUUUAAUUUCCAACUUAAUUUUUGAAGACUGCAGGACCCUCACUGUUGUUUUUUUUAAGAAGUUGAACUAUUAAGCAUGGAAAUGUCAUACCCAACAGGUUGCCAACCUAAUUUCAAUGGAAAAAGAGAAGUAUUUUUUAUUUUAAGCAAUUACAGAAAAGACUGUAUACCUGAACAACUACUAGAAUGAUGGCAUAAGUAUUGAUAGUUGUUACAGUGAAGCAAGUGUUCUUAUCUUAAAAGUAAAACUAUAGAAUAUCAUAACUGCAAUUCAUCACACUUUAAGCCACACUGGGAAGGAGAAACCCCAAAUUGUGGUUGCCUUAAUAAAGUUUUUUUUUUUCUCUGCUGUAUAUAAUGUAACUACCAUUUUUCAGUCUGCAUGAUGGCAAACUGUCUGUGACUUAAAGUCUGUCUUUUGGUCCGUUAGCUAUUGAUAUAAACGUAAGCGAGCAACUGAUGUUGAGGCUCAAGAAAAAAAAGAAAACAAUAAAAAUACUCAAGACAAUGAUUCUCCACCCAAAUUAAUUCAACAAAAUUUGGAUCCGAUGGUAGCUAAAUACUAUAUACCAAACCUAGGGUCUUCAGUUUUUGUGAGAGUCUCACAACAUCUGCUCAACCACAAAUUACUUUAUUAUAAACCAUUCUUUUCAAAGUAGAAACUUGGCUUGUUCUUUAAAUACUUACUAAAGAUUAGAAAUUUUAAUCUGUUAAAAAUGCACUUACAUUUUUUUAAAUUCUUUAGCAUUUUUUUUAAUAUACAUUUUUGGUAACCCAUUACCUACAAGUGAUUAUAAUUUUUUUUUUCAUACUGUUUCUGCCAUGGAAAUAAAUCCAGGGCUUAUAAAAAAUUACUUUUAGAAUUUCAAAAUUUGUUUCUGCACAGCAUUUAUAGAAUUCCCUUCUCACUAAACCAAAAAUACUGACGGAUUUAUCACUUUGAAAGUAUUGUAAAAAAAAGGAAAUAAGGAUUCAAUACGUUUAUAAUUACUUGAGUCAUCAUAAUAUUGAGGACAAGAUCAUUACUUGCCUACUUCGUAGUAUCAAUGAAUAAUCUGCUUCUUCACAUUCCUCGCAGACAGUGAUACACUUUCUUGGGCCAUCUUGAAAGCCAUAUAUAAUAAUAAUAAUAAUAAAUAAUGUACAGACGCCCUCAGGGCCACAGAGAUUAUCUAGUAUUUAAUAAAUCGUGGCAUGUCCAGUUCCAUAGUGAAUAUUUUUGAGAAAAUAGAUGUUUCACUUGUGAUACAGGUGGCUUCUCAAUCUCAGGUGCAAGAUUAUUGACUAUUUCGAUUUUC